UUUCAGGAGCGGUUUAUACUGUUACACCCACACCUCCCUCUUUAGGAACUGAACAUUCUGUCAACGUCUGUCUUUAAAUUAAUAUAAAACAUACAAAAGACGCGCUUUUAAGUGCUAAUCAAAGCAGUAAAAGAAUCGAAUACGAGGCUUUGAACUAUCUUCGAACUGUGGAGGGCAGCAUUUUUUAACUCUCUGUGACCAGCUUGUCUGGAUGUAUUGAAAGUAUCGAAUCACUUUUCUUUCGUGUCCAUUUCCGGCAAAGUUAUUAAUUAACUCCAGUGCAGAACUUCUGUCGCCCCCUUGAGGACGCACUCGCAGAGAGAGACAAAACUCUUACCUUCUGGAGUACAAGACGUUGAAAUAUGGACUUCCAACCAUUGCCAUUGGGCCUGGGAAUUGUAGCAGGACUGGGCUGUGGGCUCCUCUUCGGUUGGCACCUUCGCGGACGCCUUGGCACUGCGUCCACUGAGGAUGAGGAUGAGGAUGCAAGUGUGAUGGGAGAAGGGGGCGAAAUGAAGAUGGUUCUGGUCGUCCGUAAUGACCUGAAGAUGGGCAAAGGCAAGGUUGCUGCCCAGUGCUCCCAUGCUGCUGUGUCUGCGUACAAGCAGGUUCAGCGCAGGAAACCCGACCUGCUCAAACAGUGGGAGUACUGUGGCCAGCCCAAAGUGGUGCUGAAGGCCCCCGAUGAGGACACCUUGAUUGAUCUGCUGAGCCGUGCUAAAGAAGUUGGGCUUCCUGUGAGUCUGAUCCAGGAUGCAGGAAGGACACAGAUUGCACCUGGCUCACGCACGGUGCUGGGAAUCGGACCAGGCCCGGCUGAUCUGAUUGAUAGUGUCAGUGGAGACCUAAAGCUCUACUAGACCACCAGCCUGCACCUGUGGGACUUUCUUUGUUGACAAAACAUUUGCAAUGUACUAAGAUGAGUUACCAUGAAAUUAUACAUUUUGUACAUAAUAGACUCUGAUGUCACCUGCUUGAA